AUGAAGUUAUUAGAAACACGAGACGUGGAACCUAACCCAAAGGGUCUUUGUGCUCUUUCACCAUCCAACACCAAUUUUAUGGUCUAUCCAGUCUCUCAAAAUUGUGGGAAUAUACUGGUACUCGAUGUAUUGACCCUUGAAACUGUAAAUUUAAUCCCCGCUCACAAAGGUCCAAUUUCUCAAAUCGUUUUAAAUCAAACUGGUACAAUGUUGGCUACUGCAUCUGAAAAGGGAACUGUGAUUAGAGUUUUUAUGUUACCAAAUGCAAAUAAAUCAAUUUCAUUUAGAAGAGGGACAUAUCCAGCCGUUAUUCAUUCAAUGACAUUUAGUUUUGAUUCAAAAUAUCUAUGUGUUUGUAGUGACACUGGAACGAUUCAUAUUUUUAAAGUCGAUUUUACUCAAUGUGGGAGUAGCAGUGGAGUAAGUUCAUACUUACCAGAGGUACUUAGUCAGGUAUGGGAACCAUCUAGAGAUUUUGCUCAUAUUAAAAUUACACCAGGUGUUCCAAGUAUAUGUGCGUUGAGUCAAGACAACAAAAUAGCAAUGGUUUUGACGGCUGAGGGAUUCUACCCGCAGUAUCAAUUUGAUGAAAAUGUUGGAGGUGAAUUGAAACAAAUCAAUGAAUAUUCACUAUUGAUGGAACCACAAACUGUAGAGGUUAGUGGAAAAAUAUUGACUGAUCAACAACCAGCAGCUGCUGUACAACAACAACAACAACAGCAACAGCCACCUCAAUCACCAAGCAAUAAUACAAAUUUGUAA